AUGCUGCACAGCCUGACGUUCGACCAGUACAAGGACGAAUUCCGAUUUCUCAAACUCCGGCGCGAGAAUGGCAUCCUCGAAGUCCGCAUGCACUGGGACGACGGGCCGGCCAAAUGGUCCGGAUACGAGGAAUCGCUGCACUCGGAGCUCCCGGAGCUAUUCCAAUGCGUGACCAAGGACCCCGAGAACAAAGUGAUGAUCUUCACGGGGACGGGACACGAGUUCCUAGCGGAAUGGGACCAAGGCGACAGCAGCGAGGUGUUUGUGUCGCCGGCCCAGUGGCACCGACUAUACAAGGACGGCAAGGAGCUAAUCCACUGGUUUCUGGACGUGGAAAUCCCCGUCAUCGCCGCGGUCAACGGCAAGGUGUCGAUCCACCCGGAGCUGCCGACGCUGUGCGACAUCGUCGUCGCCGCCGACACGGCCUCCUUCGCCGACAAGGCCCACUUGACCGACACGCGCGCCGUGCCCGGUGACGGCUCGCAUGUCUGGUGGCCCAUGCUGCUGGGGCCGAACCGCGGCCGCUCCUUCCUCCUGCUGGGUGAAGAGAUCCCCGCCGCGGAGGCCAAGACGCUCGGCUUCGUCGCUGAGGUCGUGCCGCAUGCUAAAGUGUUGGAUCGCGCCUGGGAAAUCGCCCGUGAGCUGCUCACCCACGACCCGUUGGUGCUGAAGUAUACCCGCGUCUCGCUGGUCCAGCAUUUGAAACGCCGCUUUCUUGACGACCUGGGCUAUGGGCUGGCCUUGGAGGGUCUGGGCGUCUUGCAGAUGGCUUGUACUGCCUCCGGGAGUAAAGGCUGGUCUUUUGGUUUGCCGGGCGGGAGAUCGGGGGAUGAUAAGUCAUGA